AUGUCGGUUAACACUACUAUAUCGGACGGGCCUAUCUCCAUUACUGUAUCGGAUACAGACGGUGAUAUUACCACAGACACUCGUACUAAUUUCUGGAAAGAUAUCACUAUAUCAGAUAUAGUCAAUGGGAUAGCUUAUGGAUUAUGGUAUUCAUUAAGUCAUAUCUAUCAUUCAUAUAUUCUUAUAUUAAUUGGAGUACUAGUACUUUUUGUAAUAUUAUAUGGUAUUAACCAAUUACUCACUAAUGUAAUCCACUUUAAAUUCCCAGCUUCAGUAUUAAUGAUGUUGGUAAAUCUUAUACUAUUGGUAGUAUUAAAUUCAUUAUCUACUUUACCCAAUAAAAAUGAUAAUGAACAUAUUAAACGGAUAAGUUAUGGAAGUUCUUGGUUAUUAACUCAAUACUUAACAUUAACAAAACCCUGUAUGAACUUUUCAUUAAAAUGGAUCAAUGUAUAUUUUAUCCCAAGUUUUGUAACUUUACCAUUAAGUCAACCUAUAACUUUUGUUGAAUGUAUGAAAAUUGCUGGAGUAUUUGUUAUAGGUUUCUUAGCAUUAUUCUUCUUUGAUGUAUAUUUUGUAUGGGGAUUAAGAAUUAUCUUAGAUCACUUUGGCUGGCAUAAAGAUGAUACUAAGAUGCAUCUUGCAACUAGUGGAGAAACUGAUUUUGAUGAUCAAGAAGCUUCUAUAGGAUCAGGUGAUGAAGAUAAUGAAAUUAUAGAAUUACAAACAUUUAAUACCAAUUCUCAAAGUCUUUUAUCUCAUAUGAGAGAUGACAUAACCACCAUAGAUAUACAAAGUUUAAGAUCUACUGGUAUAAAUAGAGAUACUUCUGAUUCAACUACUAAUUCAAAACCAAGAACUUUAUCUAUUCAUGAAAAUCCCUUUGUAACUGAAGGAGCAGAUAUUAUUCCUGAACCUCAACCAGCUCAUCAGAAGUUACCUCAUGAUGGAUCUACAUCAACUUUCCAUAAACCAACUCCAUCACAACUUUCAUUACCAUCAUUAGCUCAAUCAGCAACAGAAGAAGAUAUUGUUAAUGAACCAUUAGAGAGUGAAUCGGAUAAAGAAUCAACACUUGCUGCCCAUUUAAGUAAGAAAUCUCAAAUCAUAGUUCUAUUCAUUACUGAAUAUUUUGAUUGGUUAUUCUAUGGAUUAAUGUUUAUUUGUUCAUUACCAUUCUAUUUCAUUCCUUCUAUACAUUUAUUUUUACCUUAUCAUUUAAGUAUUACUGUAUUGUCAUUCUAUAUUGCCUUAUCAAUUCCUCAAAAAUGGCCAUCAACUAGAAGAUUUGCUCACCCAAUUUUAAUUCUGACUUUUCUCAUUUUAUUAUUUUGCUUUAUUGGUUCAUUAAUUUAUCAUCAAGGCAAACUUCAAGGAUUUCUAUUAGAUUUAGAAUAUUAUAGAACAGGAAGAACUUAUUUAAAUUUAUUCAGUUCUGAAUUAAUGUAUAACAAUGGACAAACAGAUUUAAUGCCUCCUCAUGAUGAGACAUUAUUAUAUAAAUGGCCAGGAUGUGGAGAUGUUUUAGCUUCAUUAUUAGAUAUAUCGAUUGUAUCUUUAAGUUUACCAAUGUUUACUCAUCGUCGAGAUUUUAUUAAGAAUUUCUGGGUAUUAAUGACUCCUUGUAUGGCAUCAAUGUCAUUAUCAUUCUUUGUAUAUCCUAUAGUAUGUCAUAGGAUUGGAAUUGAACCUACUAGAUCAAUUGGAUUUAUUGGUAGAUCUAUUACAUUAGCUCUUGGUCAACCUCUUAUGUUAGCUCUUGGAGGUUCUGUAUCACUUAUGGCAGUUUGUACUAUAUUAAGUGGGAUUUGUGGAGUAUUAGUUGGAGAUUAUCUUUUUAAAUUAACUAGAGUUGCUAAGAAUGAUUACGUAACUAGAGGGGUUACUUUAGGAAUUAAUUGUGGAGCCAUUGCUACUGCUCAUCUUCUUACUGUUGAUCCAAGAGCUGCAUCUAUGAGUUCAUUAAGUUUUAGUGUGUUUGGUACAGUAAUGGUUAUCUUAUCAUCUAUUGAUGCAGUAGUCAAUGUUAUACGAUCUAUGGUCGGGUUGUAG